AUGUCCGCCAGCUCGAGCUCGUCGGGCACCAACCCGUUCGCCGCUGCUGCCGCAGUAGCGAUCUCGGCUGCCACCGCUCAACUGAUCAACAUCAAGUCCCACGUACCCGUGACGCUUGAUCUCGGCGACUCCAACUUCGGCACAUGGCGCACCUUCUUCCUCAUCGCGUUCCGCAAGUUCGGUGUCCUCGACCACAUCGACGGCACUCGGUUCGCCAGCCUGAUGCUUGACGACGCCGAGUGGACGCAGAUCGAUACUUGCAUCGUCUCCUGGCUCUACACCACGCUCUCCUCCGACCUCCUCUCCGCCGUCAUCCAGCCGGCCGACGACACCUACACCACCUGGACCGCCAUCACCGACCAGUUCCUCGACAACGUCGUGUAUCGCACCGUCCAGGCUCGUCAGCAGUUCCACGGGCUUCAUCAGGGGGACAUGACGAUCACGGAGUACUGCGGCCAGCUCAAGGUCCUGACCGACACCCUCCGCGACGUCGGUGCUCCCGUCUCCGACCCCGACCUCGUCGUCAGCCUCCUCAGCGGCCUCAACGAUAAAUUCACCAACUGCGUCACCACCAUCUCCGCCGCGCGCCCCAGGAUGACGUUUCGCCAAGCCCGGUCGUUCCUCCUACAGGAGGAAAUCUGGAUGAACACACGGGCUCAGAAGGCUGCCGCCACCGCCCUGCUCUCUUCGUCGCGUUCCACAGGCGCAUCUCCCGCAACGCCCGCCGCCGGAUCUGCGCCCCCUACUUCUCCGUCCGUUCCGCAGGCCGGUGGCCAGCACUCCGGCGGGAACGACAACCGUGCACGCAAGCGCAAGAAGCAGGACAGCCGCCCUCGCAACAACCAUGGCUGCACAAACACUGGUGGCCAGUCACGCGGCACUCCCACGGCCGCCUCCUGGGACAACCCCUGGCACGGCGUGGUCCAGGCUUGGCCUCUCGCGGGUCUUCCCCAGGUCCAACCUACGGCUGGAGUGCUCGGUGCUCGUCCAGGGGUCCAGCCCUAG